AUGGGCUGCUGCGCCUCAACUGCAUCGCGUAAUCACGAUGACCAUGACUCCAGACCCUCAACCCAAGAACACAUAACAAGUCCCAAUUUGAACACAACCGACCCCUCACCGACCCAAGCAACCCACCGCCAAUCCCGCCACACACGGAACCCAAACCUCCCACUCGAUCAGCACUAUAACGCGCCGAUCCGUCCACACAAAUGGAGUAGCAAGCGACGAAUCUGGACUCGAGCAGCUCUAGAUCGCGAACGGCGCGAAUUCUUCGAAACCCGGGUCACAGGGCAAGCGGAGAUAUGGGCCGCGGUGCAAACAGCUAUCACACUGAUGCAAAACGGGGAUCUCGCAACAGCACAAAGUAUCCUCGAUGCAGCGGGCGUCACAGUUCCAACGGGAGAUCUAUGUCAAGGAUGCUACGAUGAACAAGGUGUGCUGUAUCGACUACCUCAGUGCAUCGUCACCGACCCGGAGAAUAUAGCUCCUAACUCGGGACUGGGUUCGCGAUCGCGUGCGGAAUAUUUGGGUGAGGAUACGGAGACUGAGAGACAAGAGGAGGAGGAUAUGGAGGGACUAUCGGAUGGGAAACUGGCGACGGAUGAUGCGUCAGGUGAUGAGCUCAUACAAUCUGCGCAUGAUUUGGAGCGCAGGAGGGAUGAGAAGGGGAAGACAAGGGAGAGAGAUUUGAUCCGGGUUUUGGCGAGGUUGAGUGAUGGUGGGCGGGAUCUAGUGCUUCUCAUUGGGAAGAAUCAGAGUGUGGGUUUCCUGGCGAGGAAGGUGCAUCAGGAAGCUGGGAUAUCGAAUAAUCAGCGUAUCCGCAUUGCCUAUCUUGGUCAUAUGUUACGAGAGCAUGAGUCUCUGGUUGAUCAAGGCUGGAAGACUGGGCAUGUCAUCAAUGCUCUAGUUGUUUCCAAGAAACCUGUAUGA